CUUGGUACAAAUGGACCACUAGUGAGUCACUCGCAGUGACUGGCAAGAUUUGACAUUUCCAGUGUUACCGAAGGUUUGUUUUGAGCAUCAUCUAAAUAUUGUGCAGAGACAGGUCUUGAAUGCUGCCAGCAUUACUUGAUUUGCAAUACAUAUAGAUCACGCGGAUUCUGAACUGUAGAUAAACAUUGAUAAUUUCAGACUUCUUAUCUGCACUUUUCAUCUAGUUCUUUUGAAUUUCCUGACUGUUCAACCAUGGGGAAAGGAUCUGGAUCAAAUGCGAGUACCAUCAGUUUCACCAUAAAUGGAAAAGAAUAUCAUGUUGACGCCAACACGGCAAACAUCAACUCGGAGACCAUGUUGGUGGACUUUAUCCGAGACCAUGCAAAUUUAAAGGGGACAAAAGUAAUGUGUCGGGAAGGUGGCUGUGGCGCAUGCGUUGUUACCGUCCGAACAAAGGACGCCGCCAUUGGGGCUGAUGUCACAAAGGGAAUAAAUUCUUGCAUCACUCCAGUUUACAGCUGCCAAGGUUGGGAUAUAUCAACGGUUGAAGAUCUUGGGAACAAAGACGAUGGAUACGACGUCAUUCAAAAUCGUUUGGUCAACUUUCACGGAACACAAUGUGGUUACUGUACUCCUGGGAUGAUUAUGAGCAUGAACAGCCUGCGAGAAUCAAAGAAAGACGGUUUAGUAACAGUUAAAGAGGUUGAAGAUAACUUUGACGGAAACAUUUGUCGAUGUACUGGCUAUCGACCUAUUCUGGACGCUUUCAAGUCUCUCGCAGUCGAUGCGCCGGAAGAUUUGAAGCGGAAAUGUGACGAUAUUGAAGAUUGUGCUUCAUGCCCAUGCCCCAUGAGACAAGGUCUCGGACGCAAGUGUGACAAAGCUAAAACCAAAGAAAACUCCACGCUCGUAUUAGCAAAUGGAUCAGUGUGGACCACAGCCGUUGAUUUAAAAGCCGUGUUUCAAGCAAUCCAACGAUCAAACUCUGAUGGUAAAAAAUUGAGAUUUGUCGCUGGGAACACUGCAACUGGUGUUUACAAACACGAAGGUCCAUACUCUUCUUACAUCGAGAUAAAUGGAAUCCCAGAGUUGAAACAGAAAAAAGUUGACUCGUCCGAAGUCCUUUUAGGAGGAGGAGUAACUUUGGCGGAUGCGAUUGAAUUUUUAGGCGACAUUUCUAAAACCAAGUCUGGAUUUGAAUAUAUGGCACACAUCAGCACCCACCUGGAAAGAGUUGCUAAUGCUCCCGUUCGAAAUAAUGCAACAAUUGCUGGGAAUUUGAUGAUCAAACACGCUCAUCGCGAGUUUCCAUCUGACGUCUUUGUUCUGCUGGAGACAGCCGGAGCAAAACUAACCAUCGCAUCAAGUGUUACCGAAAUGAAGGUACUCACUAUGACGGAUUUUCUAAAGGCGGAUAUGAGGGACAAACUCAUUUUGUCUGUGCAUUUUCCACAACGGAGUACCAACUACCAUUUCAGAUCAUUUAAAAUAACAAGACGAUACCAAAAUGCGCACGCUUACGUAAACGCAGGAUUUCUUGUCAAAGUUGAGGAUGGAAAGAUUGUAGAACAACCUCGAAUUGUUUACGGCGGAAUCAAUCCAGAAUUCGUGCAUGCAACUGCUACAGAGGAAUUUUUAUCAAAAAACACGGACAUUGGAAGCAUGCAAGUGUUGCAAAACGCUUUCCAAAUCCUGGAUAAAGAGGUUAAUCCGGAUUUCCAUCCUCCUGAAGCAAGUCCAGAGUAUAGAAAGUCUUUAACUCAGUCUCUGUUGUAUAAGACGAUUUUGGGAAUCAUGUCUGGGAAAGCGAGUCAGCACAUAAAAAGUGGGGGAUCAGAUAUCCCAAGAUCAAUAAGCAAAGGGACUCAAGUUUUCGAGGCCGAUAAGUCUGAUUCCAGACUUUAUAAAGCCAUGCCAAAAUAUGAAGGAGCUUGGCAAGCCUCAGGAGAAGCAGAAUACACCACCGACAUACCGAAACGGCCAGAUGAGUUAUUUGGCGUUUUCAUCCUCAGUACUAUUGGUUCAGGCACCCUCAAGAGUAUCGACGCCACUGAAGCAUUAGCUAUGCCAGGGGUUGUUCGGCUUAUUACGGCAAAAGAUGUCAAAGGGAAAAACAAUUACCAGGAAUAUUUCUUUUUCCCCAUAGUUAAACCCCAACCGGUUUUUGUGAACGUGGGUGACGAAAUUUCCUACCACGGUCAAUCAAUUGCACUCCUUUUAGCGGAAAACCGACAAAUAGCCGUGGAGGCAAGUAGAAAGGUGAAAGUUGCAUACGAAGGGGCAACGAAACCGGUCGUGGAUAUGAUGGAAGCCUUGAAAAAUGUGGAGGCUGCUGGUCUUCUGCCAAAGCAUUUUAUUGGCACAUUUAGCAGCGAGGGUGACCCGAGCGUCAAGGUGAACCACACCCUCGCUGGAGAUAUGAACAUUGGAUCGCAGUACCAUUUCUAUAUGGAGACCUUAAAUUGUCUUUGCAUACCACGUGAGGAUGGAAUCGACAUGCACAUUCCUACGCAGUGGAUGGAUCAUACUCAAAAUAACCUUUCUAAGGUACUUGGAAUUCCUUGCAGCAGCAUAAACAUCGACGUUAAAAGAAUAGGGGGUGGUUUUGGGGGAAAAAUAACCCAGCCUGCCCACAUCGCUGCUGCCGCUGCCGUUGCUGCCACCACAGUUCGUCACCCAGUUAGAAUUGCGUUGGAUAUCGAAACCAAUAUGAAGAUGUUGGGACGACGACUCCCAUUUUAUAUGAAAUACGAAGUGGGGUUUAAUGAUGUUGGGAAAAUUGGAAGCUUAAAGACGGAAAUUUUUUGUGAUGCUGGCUUUUCAGGAAAUGAAUCAAACUCACUUUUUGCAGUCAUUCAUUUACAAAAUGCAUACAAGGCAUUGGGCUGGGAAGUUAAACCAGGUUUUGUGAUGACAAAUACAGCAUCAAACACGAGCGUUCGGGCGCCAGGAUCCGUGAAAGGGGUGGCUUUGAUUGAAAAUAUCAUGGAACACAUUGCAUUUUACUUAAAGAAAGAUUCCCUCGAUGUUCGUAAAUUGAACUUUAUUGAAAAAGGAGACCAUUUUCUUCCAACAUUUUUCGGAGGAGGCAAUUUUGAAGAAGAUAAUCAGAUACCUCGACUAAUUGAAGAGAUAAAGAAAUCUGGAGAUUAUGAAAACCGAAAACAGUUUGUGGAAACUUUUAAUAAGGAGAAUCGAUGGAAAAAGCGAGGCCUCUCUUUGAUUCCUAUCCGGUAUCAUGUGGGGUUCGAGUUUGGGUGCAAUUUGCCUGCCAUGAUAGCCAUUUAUCAUUUUGAUGGAACAGUGUCUUGCACUCAUGCAGGGAUAGAGAUGGGUCAGGGCCUUCAAACAAAGGUAAGAAUAAAUUCUACAGCUAGUGUUACAUUAGUAGCAAAAAUAACUCAAAUGUUAUGUCUCGAGGUUCUACAAACCAUCGCACAAUGUUUCCAAAUCCCAAUGGAUAAAAUCAAGCUGAAGUCCACAAACAAUUUCAUUGGAGCUAAUGCUUUUCCUAGUGGGGGUUCUGUAGCCUCCGAACUUUGCUGUUUUGCUGCCAUGCGAGCCUGUGAAACGAUUAAAGACAGGUUGAAGCCAAUUUUGGAAAAACUUGAAAAUCCAAGCUGGGAAAAAUUAAUUGCUGCAGCUUAUCAGGCCAAAAUUGACUUGACAGCUUCUUACACACCUGGACCCAAGGACGAUUUGAAGGGAUAUCAAGUUUGGGCGCUGGGACUCGCGGAAGUUGAAAUUGACGUCCUCACUGGAGAAUACAAGGUUGUUCGAACCGAUUUGAUUGAAGAUGCUGGAAAGAGUUUGAGCCCCGGCGUGGAUUUAGGUCAAAUUGAAGGUGGCUACAUUUUCGGACAGGGCUUCUGGACUACGGAGCGAAUUGUGCAUUGCAAAGAAACGGGAGAGUUAUUGACCAAUCGAACUUGGGAUUACAAACCUCCAGAAACAAAAGAUAUUCCGGAGGAUUUUAGAAUUUCGCUAUUGAAGGACGCUCCUAAUCCUUAUGGAAUUUUGCGGUCAAAGGCGACCGGGGAGCCGAUCCUUUGUGCCACGGUGGCAGUAUACUUUGCCUUGCGAAAUGCAAUCACUGCAGCACGCGCAGAUAAAGGAAACACGGAGUGGUUCAAGUUGGACUCACCAAUUACACCAGAGGAUGUUUACCAUCAUUGCUUGACCACUCCCACGGAUUUCAAAUUUUAAUAAAGAUACUGUGCAAGAAAUUAUAAGUACUAUUGGUUCGAGAAAGGGUAUAACAAUGUUAUUUGAAUCAUAUGUACAUAUUAUGGAUGUGGGGUUUAUUUUAUUCUAAACUAUAAUCAAAACUGUCAACUUAUAACAAUAAACAAUUUUACGUGGCCAA